GUACAUCCCUCUACCGCAUUCGACGCUGCACCCUCUGCUUAUUCCACCCCUCUACAUUCUGACGACGAGACGCACAAUGAGCUACUUGCUGCCCAGAAACUCUCCUUGACCAUGUCCCAAGUGCACAGCACACCCUCCGCUCACCGGGUUAUUCGCCAGAUUAUCCGCGGCGACUUUGAGUACUUCCAGAAGCAAGCCGAGGCAGGGCACCAACGCCAACGCAUGUACCUCGUAGCUACUGACAUAUCUCCCGAGGCUGAAUACGCACUUGAAUGGACCAUCGGUACUGUUCUACGUGACGGUGACACUCUUUUCGCCGUGUAUGCGGCUGACGAGGAGAGUGUGGGCGCUAGCGACGGUGGCCUGGAGAUUGGUCAUGGGGCGGAUAGUGUUCGCGAUAUUGCCGACGUGGUCAAAUUCCUACAGCUGUCGCCACAAGCACCUGCUUCACCUGGACCAUCACCGCUCGCCAAAGGAGCUGCGGAGCAACGAAGUGCGAGCCGCAAUGUUCACCCUUCGGCCGAGGCCGAACGACGACGAGCGCUGGAGGAGAUUUCGACGCGCUGCAUUCGACUUUUGCGGAAGACACGUCUGCAAGUCCGCGUUGUUGUCGAGGUGUUUCACUGUAAAUCUCCGCGUCACAUGAUCACCGAAGUGAUAGAUUUUCUCACGCCUACACUUGUGAUCAUCGGAAGCCGAGGACAAAGUGCGAUGAAGGGUGUCCUUCUCGGAUCUUUCAGCAAUUAUCUGGUGACCAAGAGCUCUGUACCUGUCAUGGUGGCGCGGAAGAAGCUGAGGAAGCACUCCAAGGCCAGCUCAAGCACUGCAGUCCACAAAGACGGUCUGUCCGUGCCAUAUACAGGAUCCGGACGUUCGAAUCGAUUCAGUAAUGUUAUUGAGGUUCCGAGGAGUGCGGGCCUGCGUGUGAACAGCUGGGACGAGGUCGGAAUCGAUUGA